AUGGUUCGCAUCGUGAACGGCCAAGUGGUCAAUUCAGCUGCUCUCCAAAAGAGGGCCAAAGGGCCGCUUGAUAUCGUAGCUGGAUUCUUCUGGUCUGUCGUCUCGUUCUUCGUGCUGUUCUUCCAGACGAUGUUCAAGCCAUCAGAAGGUGGAAGCAAGCGCGUAGAAGGCAAAUCGCGAGUGAAGACCAUCAAUCCAGGAGAAGUGAAGAUAGUGAAAACAUGUGAGGCAUAUCGCUGCUACAUGUUGUAUGGAUCUCACUUGAUCUCAACUGAUCUCAAUGUGGAAGAGUUCUUGCCUCAUGAACAACGUGUCACAGCGUCCCUGACGUUGGUGAAAAAGUGGCUGCAACGAAACCUGUCGUUCUCUCGUGCUUUUGCGAAGGAAGUUUGGCAGGUGAAGAGCACUGAGAAUGGCAAUGCUCUGCCCCGGAAGUUAAAUCUGGUCCAUCUCGUGCAUCUUCCUCCUGAGGACUUUUUGGAGAAGGAAGGUGUUGUUGCCAACCAUGCUUGGUUGAUUAAUGCAACGAAAAAGCAACGCUGCGUUCCCAUCGCACUGUGGGUCUUGUACCGUGAGUGGGUGGAUGACGUCAUUGACGGCCAGGUGGAGCAUGUGGACUCGUGGCAUCAUUUCGUUGUCGCGCGAGCCCUUGGGCUGAACCUCUGCAGGACUAAAGAUACAAAACCGCAUGAGGCUGCCGAUCUGAUGGCGCUUCUCGCAGAAGAUAACAAGUUGGGUAAAGGAGAUCCAGCUGCGGCUUUGGAAGCCUGGCUAGAUCAGACGCGGGAGGCCUUCGACUUCCGAUUUCGCAAGGCACAUCAUAGAAGCUUUGACGGUCUCACAGUCGCAGAGGAAGGCGAGUGGCGAGGUGACUUGUCUUUUGUCCAACUUGCAGACCCUCAAUUGGGCAUGCUUCAUGGCGACAAGUCAUGGGAAGAGGAAAAGGCAAUGCUGAGCCUAGCUGUGCAGCAUGUCAACAGGCUGAAACCACGUUUCCUUCUAGUCAGUGGUGAUCUGACCAACGCAUGGCCAGUUGGACCACAAGCAGAUCCAAUCAACGCAGCAAAGCAGGUAGUGGCGGUCAAGGAGGUUCUCAGAGAAGUGGACAGUUCGAUCCCGAUUGUCUUAGUGCCUGGCAAUCAUGACAUUGGGCAGGUUCCAACUCCGAAUGAACUGGAUCUUUACCGUUCGAGAUGGGGUGAUGACUACUUUUCUUUUUGGGUCGGAGGUGUAUACUUUAUGGUUCUCAAUUCUCAGUUCUAUAUGGAUUCGUCGAAGACAGAAAUUCAACGCAAAGAUCAGGAUGCGUGGAUUGAGGCUCAGUUUGAAGCUCUCAAAAAGAGGCAGCCAAAGCAUGCAGUCGUGUUGAGCCACGUUCCUCCAUUUAUUGCGGAGCCCACUGAGACGCAAGGCUGGGCCAAUUGGGAAAUCGAACCUCGAGAGCGGAUUGUCAAGCUGGCCAAGAAUGCUGGAGUAAGGAUUUGGCUUUGUGGUCAUUAUCAUGGCAAUGCUGUUGCUGUGGAUGAAGAUCUUGAGGUAGUCACCUGCGCCGGUGUCGGCAGUAACAUCAACUGGACUGCAAACCCAGGCGUAGUAGCGACUUCCAUUAGACCUGACUUCGAAAAGUGUGUGGGAGAUCCACCUCUACUUGCUGAUUCGCAACAUUCGGGUCUCCGAAUUGUUCGCCUUGAUGAGGAAGGGCCAAGGCACAGCUGGUUUGUGCUGAACGAUGCUCCCAUGUCCCUUGAAGAUGCCUUCCGGCAGGGUGGUGGGAGUUCUCCUGGACGCAAGCAGAAGAGGAAUAGCGAAGCGAUUACCAACAGGCUGGGACUCUAUGGAAAUCAUCAGGAUGCUUUCAAGACUGGAGCGAGGCAUUAAACACUUGCAGACAUGCAAUCAAAGAUGCAAUCAAAGAAGUCAGGUGCACGAAGUGCAAAUCCUGUAUUCCGGCACUUAAAUUGGCGGAGGAAUCUUCCAUGGAUCACUCUGCCGGAGCCCAGAAAUGGGUGUUCAAUGUACAUUAUUGGCAGCCUAUUGGCAUUGGUUUGAGCCGCUCUUGAGGAUCAAAAUUUGAUCAAAAUGCUAAAAAAUGUUUGCAUCGUGUCACUUUCAAAGUCUUUCCACCCAGCCAUACCUGAAUGAG